AUGACGUUGGCAAAAUUCAAAACCGAGGCUCUUCAAGGCCUAUGCACUCAAGAGCAACUCGAUCUCUUGGACUCCAUCGACACACUCCGAUCGCAGGGCAUCAGCCUCAAUGUCUCUCUCCCACAGAUAAUAGUCUGUGGAGACGAAUUGUUCGGAAAGAGCUCUGUUCUCGAAACUAUUUCUGUGUCUCUUUUCCCCGAGGCGGAGCAGCAUUCGCUUGGCAGCUUCUGCGGCAAUGGGCAUAUCAAUCUACGAAGAAAAUUCUCAAAUUAUCUCUUGGGGGUUGAAGUCUCGGGCCCGGAUAGGCCACAUCUCACGAUUGCCGAUCUUCAGGGCCUCUUUCACUCUGAAACACGCCAACAGUCGGCAGCAGAUGUUCAGUUGGUUCAGGACGUGAUUCAGUCGUACAUGAAAGAACCACGUGGUGUCAUUCUUGCUGUUCUAUCUGCAAAAAAUGACUUUGCGAACCAGAUCAUCCUACGUUUAGCGCGGGAUUCUGAUCCAUCCGGGGUCCGAACUCUCAGCGUUAUCUGCAAGCCUGACGUACUGGUACCGAGAUCUGAGAGUGAAGCUUUAUUGGCUUUGCUUGCUAAGAAUCAAGAGGUGGAGUUAUGUCUAGUUGACUCAUUGAGAACGUGUGUUAGCGGCCUGCUUCUUGGCCAGGUUGCAAGUGAGCUUCCUAGCUUCGUCGGCGAGAUCAAUGCGAAGGUCCGCUCCUGUCAGGUGCAGCUUCAGAAACUCGGCGACCCUCGGGCAACUGCGAAUGAAAAAAGGUCAUAUCUUUUGCAUGUCAGUCAAGGUUUUCAAUCCCUCAAUCCCUUACCAGAGCAGCCGUGGACGGCAUUUACAACGAGCCUUUUUCCGGCGACCUGA